AAAUCAAAAAAACCGCCAAAAGAGUAACAGAUAAUCGGAUCAAUAUUGGUAUCUAUUGAAUCACGUCAAAAGCUAAGCUCAGCUUACCGCUUGAUUUUUACCUUUGUUUAUAUUAUUUCAAAUUUGAUUGCUUGUGUUUAUCUGUUCCUUUUGUCAACUUGUGUAUUGACCAUUAUGAUGAGCGAUAUUCUUGAUAACCAUGAACCAGCCCCUAAACAAUUAAGGCUGUCACCUAAAUCCGCUGGUGGAGAAACUAAAGGCGUUUAUAAAACUGAAGAGCAAUGUAAUGCCUUAGAUUUAACUUCUUCACAGUUAUCAGGCUCAACCAUUCACUCCAAAGGCGAUAUUAACUUAUCCAUGAUUAAGUUUGUUCGUGUUUUGAACGAGGUUGCUGAUUCAAAAUUAAUUCACGUGGAAGGUGAAUAUUGUGGAGACAAAGUAGUAUUGACUCUGGAGAAAACCCCAUUUACCAAAGAAAAUGUGGAAAAAAUAAUGGCGGCUGCUGACAAAUCACUUCAAAAAGAUUUCAACAAUGACAUUUACGGGUUUUACAAGGCAUACCCUAAUCCCGAAUUGAAUGGUAUCAAGGCAACUAUUAUCCAUCCUGCUACCGAGCUUCACAUAAAAAAGUAUUCCGCACAAAGUUUCUGUAUGAUUCAAGAAUCUCCGGAAGAUUAUAAGAACAUAACACUACCUCAUGUUGAAUCUCAAUCUUUCUCAUUGGACUGGGUCUACAAUAUACUGGAUCACUCAAAUGAAACCGAGAGAAUCAUAUUUGAGGAUAAUGAUGAAGAUAAAGGAUUUAUUUUGGUCCCUGAUAUGAAAUGGGAUGGAGAAGGUUUAAGUAACCUGCAUGCAUUGGCGAUUGUUCACAAAAAAGAUAUCAAAUCUUUGAGAGAUCUUACAUCUAAUCAUUUAACUUUGCUGCACAAUAUUCGUGAGAAGGGCAGUUUGGCUAUCCACCAAAGAUAUGGAAUAAAAGAAAAUCAAUUGCGUAUUUAUGUCCAUUAUCAACCGUCUUUUUACCAUUUUCAUGUUCAUUUCGAACCUCUUGCUUAUCGAAGCUCGUCUGUUGAAAGAUGCCAUUUACUUGACCAUAUCAUUGAUAAUAUUACACUAAUGGGUGAUUAUUAUCAAAAAUCAACUAUUACUUUUCCAGUUAAAGAAGACAGUGAUUUAUAUUUAAGAUAUCAAGAAUCCAGGUCCAUGGAAGGCCAAUAAGUUCCGAAAAUCAUUUCAUUUCUGUCACCAUUAAAAAAUUUUCAAAAUCUAAGUGUUCAUAUUAUUCUAGUUUAUUGAUUAGGUUAUCCUUUUGUAUCUCAAUUUAUUUACUUCGAAUAAUAUAUCGAUUAAUCUCUGUAUUACAACUUUAUUCAUUCUUUAAUGCAUUUACAGUUAAGCUGAUAAAAUCGUGAUUGAAAUUUGUCUAAAAGUCAAACCAUUUGAAAGAAGAUAACAAAUAUGGAACAGAAAUAAUAAAUUAUGGACCAUGAAAGAAAUUUUCCCAGGAUAUUGAAGUACAAGAUUAUUGAUUAUUCUGUUUGAUUGCUCUACCUCUUGAAAGUUUACAAAUGAUCAAUUCAAUUGAAGACUAACCAAUUAAACAAAAAUACAUUGAAAUUAAUCAUGAGCUAUAUGAGUGACAAUCAAAUGACCUACAGACAAAAAGAUAUCAAAAUAAAUUUUAAACAGAAGUUCUUUAUCUUGUUUGGCACAGAAAACCGGAAUAAAUACUUAAUGAGAAAUUUUCUCUUGAA